CCCGUCCGAAUUGCUACAUUAAAAUUGCAGACGUCAGGUGACUCAAACGUAGUUUAGAAAAACUAGUCCUGUCGAGCUUCAUGAAGCUGUGAUUCGAAUCACUACAAUCCGAUUCGUCCAUCACUACAGAAGCUGAGAAAGAUGUUUGUUUCGUAUGCAGAUGAAAGAGAGAAACGUCGCGCAUAAGGAGGCUUUAACGAAACAGCAAUGACAGAGCACUUAAACCGUCACGGAAUUUGUAGUCAAUUUAAAACAAAAUGAAGAAUGUCUCGAAUUUGCUCUCAUUGCUCGUGUAUUUUCUCGCGUAUGGCGUGUCCGGUGUUGAUACAGAUGAAGAGACAGUGUCUGUGAUGGAGGGAGAUUCGGUCACUUUAAAAUAUCUUAUAAACCAACAAGAAGACAUUAUGUGGUAUUUUAAUAACAUUUCCAUCGCAGAAAUCACUGGAGAUCAGAGUAAGAUCUGUACAGGUAUUCGGUGUGAUAAUCGUGCUGAGAGAUUCAGAGGCAGACUGCGGCUGGAUCAUCAGACUGGAUCUCUGACCAUCACAAACACCAGAGCCACAGACUCUGGACUUUAUAGACUACAGAUCAUCAACAGCAGAAUCAGCAACAUGAAGAGAUUCAGUGUUACUGUCGCUAGUUCAUCUGGUGUUGGUACAGAUGAGGUGUCAGCAUAUGUGAUGGAGGGAGAUUCAAUCAUUCUAAAUACUAAUGUUAAAACAAACCUACAAGAAAGGAUUAAAUGGUUUUUUAAAGACAUCCGCAUAGCUCGAAUCAAUGGAGAUCUCAGUAAGGUCUGUACAGAUGACCAGUGUAAUAAAGGUACUGAGAGAUUCAGAGACCGACUGAAGCUGGACAAUCAGACUGGAUCUCUGACCAUCAUGAACAUCAGCACCACAGACUCUGGACUUUAUGAACUAGAGAUCAUCAGUGACAGAAUCAGCAUCAUGAAGCACUUCAGUGUUGUUGUUCAAGGAGUUUCUGCUGCUGAUCGAGAUAAAAUGAGAAGAAAGUCAGUGAAGGAGGGAGAAUCUGUCACUUUAGAAUUCGGUGAAAUAAAAAAAACGAAUCAUUCGAUGGCGUGGUAUUUUAAUGACACUCUCAUCGCUGAAAUCAGUGAAGAUUCAAGUGAAAUCUGUACAGAUGAUCAGUGUAAAGAGAGAUUCAGAGACAGACUGAAGCUGGAUCAUCAGACUGGAUCUCUGACCGUCACAAACACCAGAACCACAGACUCUGGACUCUAUCAACUACAGAUCAGGAGCAGCAGAUUCAACAUCAUUAGGAGCUUCAAUGUUACUGUGACUGUCACUGCUGUUCUAGCAGGAAUAUAUGCUGCUGUUGCUGUUGCUGUUGUUCUGCUGCUCGUUGUUGCUGCUGCUGCUGUUGUGAUGUACAGGCGCCAUGCUAGAAGGAGAGACCGUGCGGUGCAGGUCAGUGAUCAGAAUCGUGCUGGAAACUUUUCCCCUAAUCAGUUUGAAGCUCUGCUGAUGAGUGAGACGGCCUCUAAUCAGUCUGAGACUCAUGCUGCCAAUGAGACGUCACAGUAACAUUAUUAUUUUGAUUGUUUCAUUGAAAGAGAACAUGAAGAGAAGAUUGGAAAUGAGAGAAGAGCAUCAGCUGAAACUCACAACACUCAGAAACACAAUACCAUGAUUUCAGU